AUGGGGAUCAGGGGAGACCUGCUGGGGCGGCUGGCCCUGCUCGGGGCGCUGGUGCUGUCGGGUGGGCUCUGUGUGAACCAGGAGGAGCGGCUCAUCCAUCACCUCUUUGAGGAGAAGGGCUACAACAAGGAGGUGCGCCCGGUCGUCUCCACCGACCAGAUCGUGGACGUCUACCUGGCCCUCACCCUCUCCAACCUCAUCUCACUGAAAGAGGUGGACGAGACGCUCACCACCAACCUAUGGGUCGAGCACGCCUGGAGCGAUUACCGCCUGCAGUGGAACAAGUCCGAGUUUGGGGACAUCGAGGUGCUCCGCCUGCCACGAGACAUGCUGUGGCUGCCUGAGAUAGUCCUGGAGAACAACAACGAUGGGCUUUUUGAGGUCGCCUACUACUGCAACGUCCUUGUCUACAACACGGGCGACGUCAGCUGGCUGCCGCCCGCCAUCUUCCGCAGCGCCUGCCCCAUCAACGUCGACUUCUUCCCCUUCGACUGGCAGAACUGCACCCUCAAAUUCAGCUCGCUGGCGUACAGCGCCCUGGAGAUCAGCAUGCACUUGAAGACGGAUAGCGACCCAGAGACGGGCAAGUCUUACGCAGUGGAGUGGAUUGUCAUUGACCCUGAAGGCUUCACAGAGAAUGGGGAAUGGGAAAUCAUCCACCGCCCGGCCCGCAAGAACAUCCACCCUCACAACCCCCCCAACAGCAGCGAGCACCAGGACAUCACCUUCUACCUCAUCAUCCAGCGCAAGCCGCUCUUCUACGUCAUCAACAUCAUCACACCCUGCAUCCUCAUCGCCUUCAUGGCCAUCCUGGUCUUCUACCUUCCCGCGGACAGUGGGGAGAAGAUGACCCUGGUGAUCUCGGUGCUCCUGGCACAGUCCGUCUUCCUUCUGCUCAUCUCCCAGCGCCUGCCCGCCACCUCCCACGCCAUCCCCCUCAUCGGCAAGUACCUGCUUUUCAUCAUGCUGCUGGUGACGGCCGUGGUGUUGAUCUCUGUUGUGGUCCUCAACUUCCAUUUCCGCACCCCCAGCACCCACAUCAUGUCUGACUGGGUCAAAGAGGUGCGUGGGUGCUGGGGUGUGUGACCCGGUAGGGUGGCACCGUGCCCCGCAGAGGGCACNUGCAUCCGGCGCUGCAGCUCGGCCGGGUACAUCGCCAAGGCAGAGGAGUACUUCAGUGUCAAGUCCCGCAGCGAGCUGAUGUUCGAGAAGCAGUCAGAGCGGCACGGGCUGGCCAGCCGCAUCACCCCUGCCCGUUUGGCGUCACCAGGCAUGGACGCGGGCGAGGAGCAGCUCUAUGGGCACAUGAAACCCAUUGUUGAUGGCGCCAACUUCAUCGUCAAGCACAUGCGGGAGAAAAACAGCUACAGUGAGGAGAAGGACAACUGGAACCGUGUGGCCCGGACCCUGGAUCGCCUCUGCCUCUUCCUCAUUACCCCCACACUGGUAGUGGGCACCCUCUGGAUCUUCCUCAUGGGCAUCUACAACUACCCACCACCGCUGCCCUUCGCCGGAGACCCCUACGACUACCGGGAGGAGAACAAGCGCUUCAUCUAG